AUGCGGGAGGGGACUGCUAAAGACCCGACUGGUGUUGUGUUGGGUCGGCUGGCUGGCUGGCUGACUGCUGCACUUACCAAAGUAAAAUCUUCUUUACGUGUACGAAAAGGAAUCUCAUUGCUGUCAACGAGUGAAUCACCUGGUUUAUGUAAUCCUCGUUCCGUGGGUGUUUUUCCGGGUCUGAAUUUGACAACUAGGAAAGUUAAUCCUACGAAACAACGAGUGUGUUUACUUUUAUUCUGGGUUGUGGUUUUUGAAAAUCGGGAAUUCCGCGAAGAAAUGGGUGCUGCUUUAGCAGGAUUCGGCCUUACUCAGGCUGCGUGUUGCUGCGGUAGCGCGGCUUGCAGCCUGUGCUGCUCCGCGUGUCCCGCCUGCAAAAACUCCACGUCGACUCGCAUCAUGUACGCACUUCUGUUGGUCGUCACAGCCGCCGUGUGCUGCAUCAUGAUGGCACCCGGGCUGCAAGACGACCUGAAACACGUUCCGUUCUGCAAGGCGCCUCCGAGUAACACCUCGUCUCUGCUUCCGUCGCUCCCGAACCCGGGUGCCUUGGACUGCACGGGUAUCGUGGGUUACUUGGCAGUGUACCGCGUGUGUCUCAUCGUCACGAUGUUCUUUGUCCUGAUGGCCGUCAUGAUGACUGGGGUUCGGUCGUCGCGGGACCUCAGGUCCGGCAUACAAAAUGGGUUCUGGGGGCUGAAGUACAUGGUGGUUAUUGGAGGGGUGGUCGGGGCUUUCUUUAUCCCGCACGGGUACUUCGGGCAGAUUUGGAUGUAUUUCGGGAUGGCCGGAGGGCUCGUGUUCAUCUUGAUCCAGUUGGUGUUGAUUGUGGACUUUGCCCAUAGCUGGGCAGAAAACUGGUUGGCGAAGGUGGAUGAUGGGGAAUCAAAGGCUUGGUGGGCAGCGUUGCUAUCCGUCACAUUUUUCCAGUAUGCCCUGUUUAUAACUGCUAUCGUGCUGUUUUUCGUCUACUAUACCGCUGGAGGAGAUUGUCAAUUGAACAAGUUCUUCAUCUCGUUCAAUUUGAUCCUGUGCUUGAUCGUGAGCGGAAUUUCUGUGUGGCCUGCUGUUCAAGAACGUCUUCCGCAUUCCGGCCUGCUUCAGGCUUCUUUUGUCAGUUUGUACGUCAUGUACCUGACUUGGUCUGCCAUGUCCAAUAGUCCGCAAUGCGAGUGCAAACCGGAUUUCAAAUCGAUUAUCAACGGAAACUCGACCCUUGUCAAUCCGAAUGUGCCUUGUGGUGACGACGGCAGCAUCGACACUGUCGGAAUCAUUGGGUUGGUCAUUUGGCUCCUGUGUGUGUUGUAUUCGAGCAUCAAAAACUCGUCAUCAUCGCAAGCGGCGAAACUGGGAGUGCUCAGCUCCGCUGUCAUCAUCAAGGACGAUGGGGAAAGCGGUGGGUUGCACCAAACUGGAGAAGAUGCGGGACAAUCCGUUUGGGAUAAUGAAGAGGAAAGUGUCGCUUACUCUUGGUCCUUUUUCCACGCCAUGUUCGCCUUGUCGACUCUUUACGUAAUGAUGACGUUGACCAACUGGUACUCACCGAACUCGGACCUCAAGACCAUGUCGGCCAACUGGGCGUCCGUGUGGGUCAAGAUAAUUUCGGCGUGGCUCUGUUUAAUGCUUUAUGGCUGGUCUCUCGUGGCACCCAUGAUUUUCCCCGAUCGAGAAUUCUAGGAUUCGCGCAAUGAAACGAUGAAGACGAGAAAAAAAAUCAUUGAGUGAUCCGACUUCUUCCUUGGUAGAGAUUGCGUUGACGUUUUGGGGGAAAUUUACUGAAAAUGCGCGCUGAAGUUCAAUUCAUUUGAAGUAGGUGUACUGCGUGCCAUCGUCUCGAUAAAGAAGAGCUAUUCGUACGAGAGGCGUCAUCUGAACUUGGAUCAAUUAUUUUACAGAGAAUCGAUUGAAAUUUGUUCAUCAUUUUGGCAAAAUGAAACGCUGGUAUGCUGCGAGAAAAAAGGAAUUUGUCUUUUUACAUGUUCGAGAUCGAGUUGAUGAUGUCUUCGAGAAAUGUUGCUGAAAAGGCGCGAUUUUUUUGAAACUGUUGUAAUUUUUGUCGUGCUUUGAAAGAAAAAGAGCUGUACGAAAUGCAAAUGUGCUUAAAAUCUAAUAGUUUAUUUCUCAGGAAGAAAUAGGCCAAUGGAUUCAAAUCGGGGUCUUCAAUGUGAGAAGUUACUCGAAAGUAUGCUGGGGAUUCCUGGAUUUAUUUUUCUUUCACGAACGCCCAUCGCGUUGACGACGGAGAAAAUAAUUUCCUUUUUUCACUGUUGAAUGAGAUGUAUGUGUCGAACGAUUUGGGAUCAGUGCUUGAUGAUGGCGCGGGAAAAUAUGCUUCGAAAAUGUUCCACGCCGCUGA